CGGCACCAUGAGCUCAUACAGCUUUGAUCCAUACUACUCCUCUUACAAGCGCAGGGUGGUGGAGAGCAGUCCCAGGCUGCACAUCAGGAGCAGCUAUGGUUCACCCAGCAGGACCAGCUACUCCCCAUCAGUGUCCUCCACCAUUCAGCGCAGAAGUUACACCACGACCUCCUCCACCCUGUUGCCCCACCACACCGAUAGCCUGGACCUCACCCAAGUAGCCGCUAUUAGCAGUGAUCUAAAAAUAGUACGCACCCAGGAAAAGGCUCAGCUGCAGGACCUCAAUGAUCGCUUCGCUAACUUCAUCGAGAGGGUGCAUGAGUUGGAACAGCGCAAUAAAGUGCUAGAAGCUGAGCUGCUUCUUUUGCGUCAAAAACACAAUGAGCCUUCCAGACUGCGCGAUCUCUAUGAGCAUGAGGUCAGGGAAUUGCGCAUGGCUCAAGAAGAUGCCACCGGAGACUGCCAGAGCAUACGUGGGGAAAGGGAGAGGUUGGAAGAAACGCUAAAAAAUUUGCAGGCACGUUAUGAAGAAGAGGUCAUGAACAGAGAAGACGCAGAGGUCAGGCUGCUAGAAGUAAGAAAAGAGGCCGAUGAGGCAGCCUUGGCAAGGGUAGAACUGGAGAAGAGGAUGGAGAGCCUGCUGGAUGAGAUUGCAUUCCUGAAGAAGGUACACGAAGAAGAACUGGCGCAAUUACAGUCACAAGUUCAAUAUGCCCAGAUUUCCCUGGAGGUAGACGUGGCCAAGCCAGACCUGAGCUCUGCACUUCGAGAUAUUAGGGCUCAGUAUGAGAAGCUGGCAGCCAAGAACAUGCAAUCCGCGGAGGAGUGGUUCAAAUCCAGAUUUACUGUUUUGACGCAAAGUGCUGCGCGCAAUACAGAUGCAGUGCGGGCUGCCAAAGACGAAAUGUCCGAAAGCCGGAGGCUACUCAAGGCCAAAGGUCUGGAAAUUGAAGCUUGUAGAGGGGUAAACGAAUCACUGCAAAGGCAGAUCCAAGAGUUGGAGGACAAGCAGGGCUCAGAAAUUGCCGGAAUGCAGGAUGCCAUAGGCAGACUGGAAGAUGAGCUGAGGAACACCAAGAGUGAGAUGGCUAGAUACCUGAAGGAGUACCAGGAUUUGUUGAAUGUCAAGAUGGCUCUUGAUAUAGAGAUUGCCGCAUACAGGAAAUUAUUGGAAGGGGAAGAGACUCGUCUAACGUUUUCUGGCAUUGGGAGCAUGACCAGUGGUUUCACACAGAGCUCUCCUAUAUUUGGUCGCUCUAGCUAUAGCCUUCAGAGCAGCUCUUAUGUUUCUUCACGUGCAUUCCCAUCCUAUUAUGCUAGCCAUGUUCAGGAGGACCAAUUGGACAUAGAAGAGACCAUUGAGUCUUCUAAAGCAGAAGAGGCCAAAGCAGAACCCCCGGAGGAGGAAGAAGAGGAAGGAGAAGAGGAAGGAGGAGAAGAGGCUGAGGGAGAAGGUGAGGAAGGAGAAGAGGAAGCUGAAGAGGAGGGCGAGGAAGAAGGUGAAGAAGAAGGUGAGGAAGGAGAGGAAGAAAAAGAAGCAGAAGAAGAGGAGGAAGCUGAAGAGAAGAAACCCAGUGUUAAAAAGAAAUAAAGAGAAUAUCAUAAAAUAAUGUUUAACAGCUGCUAGAACCUUCCCCAUGUCCUUCACCCCAUCAACAUACUCCAACACCCCUCAUCCAUAAAAGUCACCAACAGUCAUUGAGAAUUUGGCCCUUUCUAUAACAGUCUCCAACCACCCCAUAUCCAUGGCUCAGGUUGUGCAUGGUAAAGGUUGCCAAGUUUAGUACCUGGAGUUAUCCAUGUUGUCCUUAGUACAGAGAAGGUAUUUUACAAAAUUAUCCAACCUUGUGGUUUUUAAGAGAGAGACAUUAACUUCUUUACUGCCGUGAGAGUUUACUGUACAUGAAAAGCAAUACCCAUGAAACUAUUUAGUUGUACAGUUUCUGCUGGCAGUGGUGUUUAGUUGUUGCAGUCUACUCUUUAAACAUUAAACCCUUUCAACACAUUGCUCUGUGCUGCACUCUGGGAGAAAGUAGUAGCAAAUUUGGUGGCUUUUGUGGGCUUGCGCUCCAUAUCUUUCAAAUAAAGAGGCAAACAGUAUUGCACCCUUGCAAGUUA